CAUCGGUGGCUUCACACUGAUAAGUUACCCAUGAUUCUCCGCAGUCUGCGGCUCAUUCAAAAAUGGAGGAGGGUGAGAGAGAGUCAGAAAAUGAGCGCCGUUCAGGACCUUCCCAAACAUCUGACCAGCAAACCACCACCGAGACCCGCAGACAAAAACUAGAAACUGACGAAGAUGAUAUCGAAACUAAGCUGGACAUCAGCUCGGAUAAGUUUGACCCUCUGCUCGCUCUGUAUUCCCCACAGGUGCCAUUGCCUUACCCCAGUAUCAAGUGCUUUAAUAACAUCGCGGAAUAUGAGAGCUUCAUGAAAGGCGGUCGAGGCCGAGCGAAACCCGAAAACGUGGAGAAAAGACUCCGAAAAGCACAGAAGGGUAAAGCAGACCCAGAGAGGAUAGAAAGGCUGAAGAGACUCAUGGUAAACAACCCGGUUGAGGAGGAGGGAGAGGGAAGCGGAGUCAAGCGACCGCCUCGACAGCGAAAAGCGGCCAAAAAUGUGCUUACCAGAAUGCCACUGCACACAGGCAGUCCAUUAGGAGAGCUGAACAGAUGUGUUCAGGAGAAAAUCAGAGUCAAGGUUCACAUCCGGACCUUUAAAGGGCUCCGAGGAGUGUGUUCUGGCUUUGUGGUGGCAUUUGAUAAGUUUUGGAACCUGGCAAUGGUGGAUGUGGAUGAAACAUACAGGGAGCCACUUCUGGGACAAGCUCUUUAUCAUGAGAAAGCACUUACUGUCACGAGGCUAUUUGAAAAAUUAAAAGUUCAAGAGACCGUGGCUCUCAGCGCGGUUGGGAAGAAGUCAGAGCUACACAGUAGUUCAUCUCAUCUCACAGACCAAACCAGGAGAACCGACCCCAAACAUACCCAGGAGAGAUCUGAACACUCUGAGAAAGACAAGACCACAUUAAAAGCGACACAAAAGUCUGAAAACAAGCCUAAAGUGGAGUAUGGAAGAGUGCACACACGUCAUGUCAAUCAGCUUUUUAUACGAGGAGAAAACAUUCUUCUUGUGAACAUACAGCAGGACUAAAGACUAGCCAGAUGAAAUAUUUGUUUUGUUUACUUUUUAUGGAGAUCACUCAGAAAGGUUUUGUAAAAUGAGUAUCAUAUUGAUAUGUAUAUCAACAGAUGAAAAUAAUAUGUUAAAAGCUGAGUAAAAUUAACUCUUUUUAAUUGUGGUUGGUUGUUGUUUGAGUGAAGGUCACAUACUCGACGCACGCUGUUUGUGUUUGCUUUGAAUGACCACUAGGGGGAAGUAAGACACUGAUGCACUGUAAGCAUUAACAUUGCACAUCGAGUCUAAUUUUGUUGUAUUUUAACAAAUUAUCAGAGGGGAAAUGGCAAUAUAUUUAAGACAGCUUUGCUGAUAUUCACUUCACUGUUCUGUUAAAAUGAAAGUCAAUCUGUCAACCCCACUAAAACGGCCAGCCAAUACACACUCUUAUUUUCAUGUCAAACAGUAUUUUCUAUUUAGACAUU